AUGUCUCAGCACCAGAUCAGCCUUCCAGCCAAGCUCAUCAACGGCGGCAUCGCCGGCAUUGUGGGUGUUACUUGUGUCUUUCCCAUUGAUUUGGCAAAGACCAGAUUACAGAACCAACGACAGGGGCAGCAAGUCUACAAAAGCAUGAUGGACUGCCUUGUGAAAACUGUUCGAUCCGAGGGAUACUUUGGAAUGUAUAGAGGCGCCGCCGUUAAUUUGACGCUCGUGACGCCCGAGAAGGCCAUCAAACUGGCCGCCAACGACUUUUUCCGACACCAUUUUGCUAAAAAUGGUCAGGGUCUCACAGUGUUUAAGGAAAUGUUGGCUGGGUGCGGCGCUGGCAUGUGUCAAGUGAUUGUCACAACGCCAAUGGAGAUGCUCAAGAUCCAGUUGCAGGAUGCAGGACGACUAGGUAAGACUUCCGCCCAGCAACAAAAGCCAGUCAUGGCAUCAGCCGUCAAGCAGGUGGCCACCAACCCGCUGCUUAGCCGCUCGUACAACUCUGGAACCAUCACCGCCAUUGCGGCGCCGCAAACUGUGUCGGCCACGCAGAUUGCCAAAGAGCUCCUCCGAACUCAAGGCGUCCAGGGGCUCUACAAAGGCCUUGGGGCCACGCUUAUGAGGGAUGUCCCCUUCUCAGUGGUCUACUUCCCGUUGUUCGCCAACCUGAACAAACUGGGAAGGCCGAGUCCCGACCAAUCAUCACCCUUCUACUGGGCCUUCCUUUCAGGUUGCACGGCAGGUUCCGCCGCCGCAGUAGCCGUCAACCCCUGUGACGUGGUGAAAACCAGAUUGCAGUCACUUAACAAAGGCUCUGCUGAGGAAACUUACAGUGGAGUUGUAGAUUGCAUCAACAAAAUCCUGCACAAGGAAGGACCAUCCGCCUUCCUGAAGGGUGCCGGCUGCAGAGCACUGGUCAUCGCGCCUCUGUUCGGCAUAGCCCAAGUUAUGUACUUUGUAGGCGUAGGCGAGUACAUCCUGGACAACUCUCCUCUCAGCAUUCUGUCGCCGUGA